CCCCCAGUGCUGCUACGACCUUGGUCACUGGCUCCAAGUUGUUUCAGUUCUGUGAAGCAUCUGCAGAAGUAGAAGGCAAAGAGUAACAACAAUUUUAUUGAAAAUACAUUGUGCUCUUCAGGAUGGACUUUUGUCCUGCUGAGUCAACUGACUUGAGUGAGGCUGAAGAGGCUGAAAUACAGACAAUCAGGCAGCACAGACAGGAGCUUUUGGAAGACAUUAAGAAGCUGAAGAAAGAGAUUGCUGAAGUGUUUGCAGAGAUUGAGUGCUUCCAAAAUGCAGAGGAAAGGCAAGAGGCAGACAGUAAUCCUGGGGAGCAGACCAGCAAACUAUCACAGAGGGAUAAACUUCUGUCCCUGGGUCGGAAGAAAUUCAACAUGGACCCUGCAAAGGGGAUCCAGUACCUGAUUGAGCAUGAGGUAUUGUCCUCAGACCUGCAGGAGAUCGCCAAAUUCCUCCACAAGGGUGAAGGCCUGAACAAGACAGCCAUUGGGGAUUACCUGGGUGGGAGGGAUGCCACAAACAUUCAGAUCCUCCAAGCCUUUGUGGAAUGUCACCAGUUUGCCAACCUCAACCUGGUGCAGGCACUGAGACAGUUCCUAUGGAGCUUCCGGCUGCCUGGGGAAGCACAGAAGAUUGACCGGAUGAUGGAGGCCUUUGCCAACUGGUACUGCAAGUGUAACCCAGGAGUAUUCCAGUCCACAGAUACCUGCUAUAUACUCUCCUUCUCUAUCAUCAUGCUUAACACCAGCCUGCACAACCCCAAUGUGAAAGACAAGCCCCCCUUUGAAAGGUUUGUGUCCAUCAACAGAGGCAUUGACAAUGGAGGGGACCUGCCAGAAGAGCUCUUAAAGAAUCUGUUUGAGAGCAUCAAGAAUGAGCCAUUCUCCAUACCAGAGGAUGAUGGGAACGACCUCACUCAUACUUUCUUCAACCCUAACCGGGAGGGCUGGCUCCUAAAACUAGGAGGACGUGUGAAAACCUGGAAACGCCGCUGGUUCAUUCUGACCGAUAACUGCCUGUACUACUUUGAAUAUACCACGGACAAAGAGCCUCUGGGCAUUAUCCCCCUAGAGAACCUAUCAGUCCGGAAGGUGGAUGAUCCCAAAAAGCCAAACUGCUUUGAGCUCUUCAAUCCCAACUGCAAAGGGCAGAAGAUCAAAGCCUGCAAAACAGAUGGGGAUGGGAAGGUGGUUGAAGGCAAGCAUCAGUCCUACAAGAUCUCAGCAGCCACACCAGCAGAACGUGACGAGUGGAUUGAGGCAAUACGGACCAGCAUCACACAGGAUCCUUUCUAUGAUCUGGUCUCUGCCCGUAAGAAAAAGAUUGCCAGCAAAAACUGAUCCCUGACCUGGUCACCAGCAGCAGGAAGAUGUAGCUGUUGGACAGCUUCUCUCCCAUGCCGGGCUCUUCCAGUGAAGAAAUUUGGGAGCAUUGCUUCCCUCUGCCUCUCACUUGGCAGGAAGAUGACUAACAGGACAACUUGCCAGAUUUGCUUCUUUCCUUUCCAAACUGAAGGCAGAGGCACAGGGUGCAAUCCACUGAGGACUGUCAGAACCGUGGACGUAGCAUUUUCCAUGUCCAAAUGUAGAGGCUCAACAGCAGCUAGCCUUUGGGUUCUCCCAGAUAGCCCUAGGCAUGCAGGACAGGAUCUGAAGGGAGACAAGAAUGUCUCCAGAACGUCUCCAGCCCCUCCCACCAUCAAACCAGGUCUGGCUAUUUUUCUGUGAGGAAACAUGUAGAUGCUCUUGAAGCACCAAAUCAUGGUCCUGUCAGUUGCGGAGCAGAAAAGCCCCAGUGGUUUCUCUUCCACGAACAGAUGCAUAGUGGUUGUGGAGAACGGGCCACUGAUGUUUAAGAACCUUGCUGUGAAACCAGAGGCCAAGGGAAGAUAAGAAGCCCUCUUAUCCGUUCAGAAGAGAGCCCCCUCCACCUCUCCCUAUAGCCGUGAGGGAUGUAAUCCUGGGAAGUCCCUGCUCUGUAGUUGAGUCAUAGAUUUUAGAAAGUUAAGGAUGUUGGAUGGGGCAAUAAGACGUAACUGAGUGUAGAGAGGCUGUGGGAUCAGGGAAGUGGCUCUGGGUCUUUUGUCUCUCUGUUUUGAGACUUGGGGACCACCACAAGUCUCCCUAGGGAAGAAAUCCAAACACUAGCUCUCCUCCUGGCUGAUGGCACCCCAACAAAGGUUUCUUCCUUGUACCACCCCAGAGGCCUGGGCUUUGUAUCUGAAAGGCCUGCAGCCAGAAGGCAUGAAAAAUUGGAGGUGCAUAUACAGCACACACACAGAGGCUUUCCCAUCUUCACGUAUUGGUUUCGUCUGGAGUCGGGUUUUUUGUCUCUUGUGUAAAGAAAGAAAUAAAAGUGCUUGAAACAAGCUCAAAA